AUGGACGGGUUCACCACCUGCAUCUCUAAUAAGAUGUGGAAAAACCCCAACAACACAGCUCUGAGUUCAGGGAGCAGAUUCGCUCCUCAGAUCUGUGGCAUCAGCAAGGGAGGAAAAAAGCAACUUAGCGCUCAGUCAUUCCUGUGCUGGAUCCGGGGCGAAAUGCGGCCCACCUGUACACACCUACAAAGACUGUUGCAGAGAUUUGUGUGCGCUGAAAACAUAAACAUCAUGCUGCUGACAGAUCCAGAGGUGGAGAGCAGUUUGCUCAUCAGCUCAGAUGAAGGUGCCACCUAUCAAAAAUAUCGCCUCAACUUCUACAUCCUCAGCCUGUUGUUUCACCCUGAGCAGGAGGACUGGAUCCUUGCCUAUGGGCAUGACCAGAAGCUCUACAGCUCUGUUGAGUUCGGCCGUCGAUGGCAGCUUGUUCACGAGCGGGUGGCGCCCAAUCGUUUCUACUGGUCUAAACUGGGCCUUGAUAAAGAGCCGGGCCUGAUUCACCUUGAGACCAGCAUCUCAGAAACCCAGGCUCUUUAUGUCACAUGCAAGCUUCAGAACUGCACAGAUGCCAACAAGGGCAAACCUUUUCCUGGAUACAUUGACCCCAACUCCCUGGUGGUCCAAGAUGAGUAUGUGUUUGUUCAGGUGUCAACCGGCGGUCGGCCAAUCUACUACGUGUCAUCCAGGCGAGAUGUGUUUACACCCAUGAAGCUUCCCAAAUACACCCUUCCAAAGGAUCUGCAUGUGAUCAGUACAGAUGAGAACCGGGUCGUGGCGGCAGUUCAAGAGUGGAACCAGAAUGACACUUACAACCUGUACGUGUCAGAGGCCGGAGGCGUUUACUACACGCUGGCUUUGGAGAACGUCAUGAGCAGUAUGGGACCAGAGGGAAAUGUCAUGAUAGAUCUAUAUGAGGUGGCAGGAAUAAAAGGCAUGUUCUUGGCUAAUAAGAAGCUGAAUAAUGAGGUGAAGACAUACAUAACCUAUAACAAAGGCCGUGACUGGAGGCUCCUGCAGGCUCCCUCGGCUGAUCUCAGAGGAAACCGAAUCCAUUGUAUGCUGCCGUACUGUUCCCUGCAUCUCCACCUGCACGUAUCUGCAAACCCAUACACAUCUGGAAACAUAGCCAGCAGAGAGUCUGUCCCUGGAAUCAUAGUAGCAUCAGGUUCAAUCGGCGCAGAGUUAACGAGCAGCAACGUUAGCAUGUUCAUCACAUCCGACGCUGGAAACACGUGGCGGCAGAUAUUUGAUGAAGAGUACAGUGUGCUGUAUCUGGAUCAAGGCGGAGCUUUAGUGGCAAUUAGACACACCCCUCUUCCCAUCAGGCACCUCUGGUUGAGCUUUGAUGAGGGGAGGGUGUGGAACAAAUACAGCUUCACUUCAUCCCCACUGUUCGUGGACGGUGUCUUGGGCGAACCGGGCGAGGAAACGCUUAUAAUGACGAUCUUCGGUCACGUCAGUCACCGCUCAGAAUGGCAGCUGGUAAAGAUAGACUUCAGGUCUAUCUUUAACAGAAGAUGCAUCGAGUCUGACUAUGUGCAGUGGGAUUUACAUGACCAGGGUGACCGCUGCCUCAUGGGAGUCAAAAGAGUCUACCGAAAGCUAAAGCCCAUAGCCAGGUGUGUUAUGGGUAAAACCUACUCUGUCACGAUGAUAUCCGAGCCAUGUGACUGCACUGAGUCAGACUUUGAGUGUGAUUAUGGCUUCGAGAGAAGGGCUGAUGGGAAAUGUACUCCAGCAUUCUGGUUCCUGCCCUCCUCCAUGUCUCGGACCUGUACUACAGAACACACAUUCCUCAACAGCACUGGGUACAGAAAGGUGGUGUCUAAUAACUGCACCGGUGGAGUGAUGGAGAAGUACACAGCUCGUAGGCAGCUGUGCCCUAGCCAGGCCCCUCGGGGCCUUCACUUAGUGACCAGUGAAGGGAAGCUAACGGCUUCUGUUGCCAGCAACGUCACCUUUCUCGUCUUCCUGGAGGAGGGUGAUGGAUCGAAAACCAGCAUCACAGUGGAUUUCGGCGAUGGAAAUGCUUUCACCUACUCCAACGUGAGCUCUAUCGAGGAUGGCAUUAAACACAUCUACAAGAAUGUGGGAAUCUACCGAGUGUCAGCCACGGCAGAGAACAGUCUGGGUUCGGAAACAGUGCUCCUCUUCCUACACAUUACGUGUCAGCUGGAGUCUAUUCACCUCUCCGCCCCUUUUGUCGCUGUGAAAAAUAAAGAAGUCAAUCUGACGGUGGUUCUCUCGCCAAGCCAAGUGGGAACGGUCACCUACAUCUGGUGGCUUGGGAACAAUUCAGAGCCCGUGAUCACGCUGGAGGGGAGUGUGGCAUUCACGUUCCCUCGAGAGGGAAUCAGCGUUGUCACUGUGCAGGUGUCUGCUGGGAAUACCAUCCUGCAAGACAGGAAAACCAUCGCUGUCCACGAAUACUUCAGAUCUCAUCUUCUUGCCUUUUCAUCUAAUCUUGAUGAUCACAACCCUGAUGUGGCUGAAUGGAGGCUCGAUGUGAGUCGAGUCAUUAAAACCUCUAUGGUGCAGGCGACAGGAGUGGAUCCAGAGCAGCUGUUGGUCACUGUGUUGCCCGGACUGCCAACAGCGGCCGAGUUCUUCCUGUUACCGGACAAACAGCUGACAGAGGGGAAACCAGACAAAACAGCCACCCAUUUAGACCAGCUCUCAGAACUGGUUCUCAGCGCUCUGAAUCAGAAUCUGGUUCAGUUCACACUCAGACCAGGAGUCCAGAUCACAGUAUACGCUGCCCAUUUAUCAGCAGCGCCUCUAGUGGACACAAGUGAGAAUCACAGUGGCUCAGCUAUGCUCAUGCUCCUCUCUGUGGUGGUGGUGGGUUUAGCCGUGUUCCUCAUCUAUAAAUUCAAAAGGAAGAUCCCAGGCCUCCACGUCUAUGCAGCGAUGCAGGACGAAAAAGAGCAAGAAAUGAUCCAGAGUCCAGUUUCUCCCACUGACAGCACACCCAGCUGCAGCUCUCAGAGAGAACUGCUCACAUCACUGGAGCCUCUGGACACAGAGCCCAACACCCAGACCAUCGAAUGCAUCAAUCCUCAUCCACGUGUCAAAUUCUCAUCAGAUCUUCCUACAUACAUCGACGUUUGAACUCUAGCCUCCGCCAUGUCAAGGACUUUGCUCAUGCGGACACAAAGGUUUCAAGCUUUAUUCAGUACUUGUGCAUGUUGGACAUUAACUUUACCGUGCUCUGUGAAUACUAGAACAAACUUUGUACAGCUUUUUUAUACAUCUAUGUAUUCAAUAAAACAUUUUUGAUGCUAUUCAUUUCUAAAGAUGCCAGUGUGUACAAAGUCUGAGGCAAAGGUCAGCAUGAAGG